UUCACCACGUCUGACGAACAACACCACGACAACAUCAGCGUACGAAUCUGUCUCAAGAACCCCGCAAUCCCCUGGUACAACAUCGAAAUCUUUCCUCCGAACCUCUGCCUAGCCCUGCGAAACCCCGCGAUCCCUUCCAGCUUUCCCAUCCAUACCACAACAACAGAACCAAAAACAUACAUCAUGGACUUUGCUCCCUACCAAUCCUCCCCGCCGGAGCGCGAACGAGCCCUCUCCCCGCCUCUCGCGUCGCCGCGCGCCUCGGCCGAUAUUCGAAGACCCUUUUCGCCGUACGGCCAGCCGUCACCCCCGCCCCUGCAACACCCGCAACCGCAGCGCGGAUGGCAGCCGAACCUGCCAGGGUCCUAUCCCACGGCGGACGCGCACCGGGAGGGCGUGAGCGAGUUCGAUACGAGCCUGGGGAUCAGGCUGGAUUACGAGGCUGCGUUGGCGUAUCUGGCGUUUCCGCCGCUGGGUGCGAUAUUGCUGUUGAUUGGGGAGCGGAAUAGUGAUUAUGUGAGGUUUCACGCAUGGCAGUCGGCACUGCUGUUCACGGCCGUCAUGAUCUUCCACCUGGUGUUCCUCUCAUGGUCCAAGUUCCUGAGCUGGUUCUUCUUCAUCGGCGACCUGUUUGUCAUGGUGUGGCUGGCGUUGAAGGCGUACCAAGAUGCGGAUACGCUAGAUAGAUUCGAGGUUCCCGUACUUGGCGCCCUGGCCAGCCGGAUUCUUGACGACGAAUGA